AUGGAUAAUGUCUCUCUCAUAACUAUGUUUGUUCUUUCAGGUUUUAAUGAAACAGAAAACUACCAAGCUUAUAUCUUUGCUCUCACUUUACUGUGUUACUGUUUUAUUGUGCUGGUAAAUGUUUCUCUGAUUGUGACCGUGAUCUUGGACAAAAACCUGCAUGAACCAAUGUAUAUUCUACUGUGCACAUUUUGCAUGAAUGGACUUUAUGGGACAACAGGUUUCUACCCAAAGUUUCUCUGGGAUCUGCUUUCUCCUGUUCAGGUUAUCUCUUAUUCUGGAUGCCUUAUUCAGGCUCUGGUGAUGUACUCAUUUGCCUGCAGUGAUCUGUCCAUUCUUGCAGUCAUGGCAUACGACAGAUAUGUGGCUAUAUGUCGCCCCCUGCAAUACAACUCUAUAAUGUCAAAGCAAAGAGUCUUUCUGUUAGUCUGCUUUUCCUGGUUAACACCUUCCUGCAUUAUCGGCACAAAUAUUAUUCUAACGUCUAGAUUAAAGUUAUGCAGCCCACAUAUUACCAGACUAUUCUGUGUGAAUUGGAUUAUUGUUAAACUUGCGUGUUUCCCAGCUGACACUUUGGUUAACAACAUAGUUGCAUACAUAACAAUAAUCAUUUACGUAUUUCAUGGUUUAUUUAUCGUCUGGUCUUACAUGUAUCUCGUCAAAACAUGUGUGCAUUCUAAGGAAAACAGAGCUAAAUUCAUGCAGACAUGUGUGCCACAUUUAAUCUCCUUAAUCACUUUUCUUGUGGCUAUCCUUUUUGAUGUGUCAAAUAUGCGAAUUGGUUCAAAAGAUUGGCCUCAACCGCUUCAAAACUUCAUUGCAAUAGAAUUUCUUAUCAUACCUCCUAUUAUUAAUCCUUUGAUUUAUGGUUUUAAAUUGACCAAAAUUAGAAACAGAAUAAUCGGUAUUAUAACUUUUAAAAUGAAAUUGCUUUUGUCUUAG